CCCUGAGACUCCGAGUCAGCCCUCUGCCGUCGAACAUUUUCGAGAGACAACGAAAUGGAGACAUUGAAAGAGUUCCUGGUCUAAGUUCCACCCGCAGCGGAAAAAGUUUGGAAGGAGCCCGCGGGGCCCGACAGCUGAUCCCGACGACCAGACGCCGACAGGCAGACGCUUUGUGGAGGAGCCGCCGGCGGCCAGGAUGGGCGGACGAGGGAUUUGCUUCAUCUUCUUGGGUCUCCAUCUCCUCCAGCAGGCGACGGCGAUGUCCACGUGCAAGACGGUGGACGUGGAGCAGGUGAGGAAGAGGAGGAUCGAGGCCAUCAGAGGACAGAUCCUCAGCAAACUGAAGCUCACCAAACCCCCCGAGGUGGAGAGCGAGGAGAUGGCCGUCCCCGAGGAGGUCCUCUCCAUCUACAACAGCACGGUGGACAUGAUCCGCGAGAACGCCGACAAGGAGGAGCUGGCGGGGCGCGAGCCGAGCGAGGAGGACUACUACGGGAAGGAGGUGCAGAAGGUGGAAAUGAACAGAAACGAGGAUAUCCCGCCGACCAACGACGUCUUUCUCUUCACGUUUAACGCGUCGCGGGUGAGAGAGAUCGUGUCCCGCCGCCCGCUGCUGCACCACGUGGAGCUGCGCAUGUUCCGGAAGCCACUGCUCGGGGUGAGCGAGAACACGGAGCACCGGGUGGAGCUUUACCGGGGUCUGGGUAACGGGAAUAACUCCUUCCGGUAUCUGGACAGUAAGUUCGUGUGGCCGGGAAAACCCGCUGAGUGGCUCUCGUUCGACGUGACGGACUCGGUGAGAGAGUGGCUCGACCGUAAAGAAGAGAACGAAGUGUUCCAGCUGUCUCCACCAUGCGCGGCUUCAGGGGAUGUGAAGCUGGACAUUGACGGGUUCUCCGUGAAACGGGGCGAUAUGGGCGGCUUGAGCCAGAAAGCCUCCUACUUCCCGUACCUUCUGAUCACCUACAUCCCGGCGGCGCGCAUGGAGAGUGGCCACAGCCGGCGGAGGAGGGCCACGGACCAAGACUACUGCCGCACGAAUAAUGGCCCCAACUGCUGCGUGAAGCCCCUCUUCAUCAACUUCCGCAAGGACCUGGGGUGGAAAUGGAUCCACGAGCCGAAGGGCUACGACGCCAAUUACUGUCUGGGGAAUUGCCCCUUCAUCUGGAGCAUGGACACCCAGUACAGCAAGGUUCUCUCCCUCUAUAACCAGAACAACCCCGGAGCCUCCAUAUCCCCCUGCUGCGUCCCCGACGCCCUGGACCCUCUCCCCAUCAUCUACUACGUGGGGCGCACCGCCAAGGUGGAAAAACUGUCCAACAUGGUGGUGAAGUCCUGCCAGUGCAGCUGAGGGAGCGUCCACGGGGGCCGAACCAGCCAGACGGUACUAAACUCGGCCCUAAACUCACCACGAGCGAGCGCAGUGACCCCGGAGAAACCCGACGCCAUCCGGCAGCGCCCCCCACCGACCGCUGCC